AUGAGCGAGCUGAUCGUCGAUGCCACGAAAAAUCACCUUACCAUUCGGGCCUUAGCAAUCUGCUUGGGUAGUGCGGCGACACUCGGCGUGCUCGUCGUCGCCUACCGUAAUCAGACCAGGCGAAAAGUGGGUGAUCUGGAAUAUGGUGGUGGAAACGACAAGGAGAUACAACGGUUACGGGCCGACGUGGAGCUACUACGAACGGAGGUCGACGAACUGAAAGAGCAGCUUUUAAGAGGGCGCACCGUCACAUUUACGCGUGAUGGCAGCCGCGCCGGGCACAAAUCGUGUCUAAAAACCGGGGAUCUACGCGGCUCCGUGCGGAUCAACCACACUUCGGAUGACGAUUAUUAUACGAGUGCCGAUGAGGAUUGGAUCGCGCCCCGACGCGACGCCCCAGCUACGAAUGGUGCCAUUUUGAGCCAGCCUGUUGCGCCGGCCGCCAGCGCCAAACGCCAGGCAUUCGCCCACUGCGACAAGCUGUUCGAAGAGCUGCAGGGUGCCGAUGAGCAGUACGCACUGAUGAACAAGUGGAAGGCGGACGAGGGCGAGGAUUGGGAAGUGUUAUGGCGAUUGGCCCGUGCGUGCCAGAUGCAAAGCGGCGCCUUUGACAAGAAGGACCCCAGGAAAAAGGAGAAAUUUUUUGAAGGACGCGAAUACGGGCAGCGUGCUUGCGAGCUGUCACCCGGUGAUUUUGAUGCGAUAAAAUGGGCGGCGGUGCUGACGGGCGGUGCGACGGAUUAUUUGGCCACCAAGGACCGUAUCGAGCAGGGAAAUGUUUUUAAGUCAUACCUCGACCGUGCCCUCGCCAUCGACCCGCGAGAUUUCAUGGUGCUCCAUAUGCGCGGACGAUUUUCGUAUUCGGUCUCGCAGUUGACGUGGGUUGAGCGAAAGAUGGCGUCGACCUUCUUCGCCGACCCGCCAACCGCCACAAUUCAGGAGGCCAUUGAGGACUUUGCGGCUGCUGAUAAAGAAAAGCCGGAAUGGCCGGAGAAUUUGCUGUGGUUGGGGAAGAGCCAUAUCGCCAACAAGGAUAAGGCAUCGGCGCGGCAAGUAUUGGAGCCGUGCUCCCGAUUGACAGCCCCAGAUGAGGGUGGAAUGGCCUGUAUACGGGAGGCCAAGGAGCUGCUUGCCAAAUGU